GCCUAGACAUCUUGAUCUACGAGCUGAUCCUCCGCGUCGCGCAGCCCGGGGAAGGCAUCCUCAUCUUCUUGCCGGGAAUUGGGGAGAUCAGCGAUCUGCAGGAGACCCUGAUGCCCCUGGAAGACUCCGAGAAGCAGGCGCACAUGAGCUGGCAGCCCGGCAUGGAGCGGCACGACUGCCACUUCAAGGUCUUCGUGCUCCACUCCUUGAUCCCGAAGGACGAGCAGGAGGGCGCCGUCUUUGAUCCUCCACCCCCCGACACGCCCGGUGUGUCCCAUUUUGGGAAGGAUCGGGGCGCAUAA